CUCUACCAACGACCACGAUGAGCUACCCUCCAGGGAUGUCCUACCCUCCUGGCAUGGGCGGUAUGCCGCCCCCACCUGGGAUGCCUGGGAUGCCUCCUCCACCUCCCGGAAUGCCGACCCCAUCGGGCUUCAACCAACCGUCGAGCUCGAGGAUGCCUCCUGAAAUGCUCGCGCAAAAGUCCCAGAAGUGGAUUCAGAUGCAGAAGAAGAGAUAUGGGGAAAAGCGGAAAGGGGGUUAUGUUGACAUGGGAAAGCAGGAUUUGCCGCCUGAGCAUGUCCGUAAAAUCAUCAAGGACCACGGCGACAUGAGCAACCGCAAGUUCAGGAACGACAAGCGCGUCCACCUCGGCGCACUGAAGUACGUUCCGCAUGCCGUGAUGAAGCUGCUCGAAAACAUCCCUUACCCCUGGGAGCAAGUGCGCGAGGUUCCGGUGCUCUACCACAUCACUGGUGCUAUCACGUUCGUCAACGAGAUCCCUAGGGUCAUCGAGCCCGUGUACCAUGCGCAAUGGAGUAGCAUGUGGCUGGCUAUGCGGAGGGAGAAGCGUGAUCGUCGGCACUUCAAGCGCAUGCGGUUCCCGCCGUUCGACGACGAAGAGCCGCCUCUUGACUAUGGCGACAACGUCCUGGACGUGGAGCCUCUCGAGGCCAUUCAGUUGGAACUCGACGAGGGGGAGGACUCCGCGAUCUACGACUGGUUCUACGACCCGAAGCCGCUGGUCGAUACCCCGCACGUCAACGGGUCGUCGUACAGGUAUUGGAACCUAACGCUACCUGUCAUGGCCAAUCUGUAUCGGCUGGGUCGGACGCUGCUGUCGGACCACACAGAUAGCAACUCCUCCUACCUCUUCGACAAGAAGUCGUUCUUCACUGCGAAGGCGCUCAAUAUGGCGAUUCCCGGAGGCCCCAAGUUCGAGCCGUUGUACAGAGAUAUGGAUACGUUCGACGAGGACUGGAACGAGUUCAACGACAUCAACAAGGUCAUCAUCCGGCAGCAGAUCCGGACGGAGUACAAGGUCGCGUUCCCACACCUGUACAACUCACUUCCCCGGUCCGUCCGUAUAUCCCCUUACCACACCCCGAAGAACGUCUACAUUCGCACAGAUGACCCCGACCUACCCGCUUUCUACUUCGAUCCUCUCAUCAACCCUAUUUCGCUGCGCGGCUUCACUCCGAAGAAUGUGCCACUCGUAUCUCAUGAGGACAUGGUCUUUGGACCUAACGACGCUGAUGACGACGACUUUGAGCUCCCCGAUGAGGUUGAGCCCUUCCUCGAGGACAAGCCCCUGGAGAGUGAUCUGACUGCGGACGCUAUCGCGUUGUGGUGGGCGCCUGACCCGUACAACCGCCGCUCAGGGCGUAUGCGCCGUGCGCAGGAUAUCCCGCUCGUGAAGAAUUGGUACCUCGAGCACUGCCCGCCGAACCAGCCAGUGAAAGUUCGCGUAUCGUACCAGAAGCUCCUCAAGUGCUUCGUUCUCAACGAGCUGAAGACGCGCCCGGAGAAACCCAUGUCGAAGAAGAACUUGUUCAGGCAGCUGAAGGCCACGAAGUUCUUCCAGACCACGCGGUUGGAUUGGGUUGAGGCCGGUCUGCAGGUCUGCAGGCAAGGCUACAAUAUGCUGAAUCUACUCAUCCACCGGAAGAACUUGAACUACCUGCACCUCGACUACAACAUGAACUUGAAGCCAGUGAAGACGCUGACGACGAAGGAGCGUAAGAAGUCGCGAUUCGGAAAUGCCUUCCACCUGUGCCGCGAGAUUCUCCGUCUCACGAAGUUGGUUGUCGACGCGCAUGUUCAGUUCCGUCUCGGCAACGUCGAUGCGUUCCAGCUAGCCGACGCACUGCAGUACAUCUUCGCGCAUAUCGGUGCCCUCACUGGUAUGUACCGGUACAAGUACAAGUUAAUGCGACAGGUGCGGAUGACGAAGGACCUCAAGCAUUUGAUCUACUACCGCUUCAACACCGGUCCCGUAGGCAAAGGACCUGGUGUCGGCUUCUGGGCCCCAGGUUGGCGUGUCUGGCUGUUCUUUAUGCGCGGGAUCGUUCCCCUGCUUGAGCGUUGGCUCGGUAACCUGCUCGCACGUCAGUUCGAGGGUCGUAACAGCAAGGGUAUUGCGAAGACGGUCACGAAGCAGCGUGUCGAGUCGCAUUACGACCUCGAGCUGCGCGCCGCGGUCAUGCACGACAUCCUGGACAUGAUGCCCGAGUCGAUCAAGCAGAACAAGGCAAAGACGAUUCUGCAGCACCUGUCUGAGGCGUGGCGUUGCUGGAAGGCGAACAUUCCUUGGAAGGUUCCCGGAAUGCCGACUGCCAUCGAGAACAUCAUUCUCCGUUACAUCAAGAGCAAGGCUGAUUGGUGGACGUCUGUCGCGCACUACAACCGCGAGCGUAUCCGGCGUGGUGCGACCGUUGACAAGGCAGUUGUGAAGAAGAACCUUGGACGUCUCACUCGGCUGUACCUCAAGGCUGAGCAGGAGAGGCAGCACGGGUACCUCAAGGAUGGUCCGUACAUCAGCGCCGAGGAAGCCGUCGGGAUCUACACGGCCACUGUGCACUGGCUCGAAAGCAGGAAGUUCUCGCCCAUCCCCUUCCCACCGCUGAACUACAAGCACGACACCAAGCUGUUGGUGCUUGCGCUGGAAAAGCUCAAGGAGGCGUACUCCGUCAAGGGUCGUCUCAACCAGUCGCAGCGCGAGGAGCUGGCGCUCAUUGAGCAGGCGUACGACAACCCGCAUGAAUGUUUGUCGCGCAUCAAGCGUUUGCUGCUCACCCAGCGCGCGUUCAAGGAGUCAGGUAUCGAGUUCUUCGACACGUAUGACAAGCUCAUCCCCUGCUACGACAUUGAGCCGGUCGAGAAGAUCACGGAUGCCUACCUUGACCAGUUCUUGUUCUUCGAGGCUGACAAGCGCGGUCUGUUCCCUGCCUGGAUCAAGCCCGCCGACACUGAGCCACCUCCGCUUCUUGUCUACAAGUGGUGUCAGGGCAUCAACAACUUGACCGACGUCUGGGAGACGAGCGAGGGCGAGUGCAACGUACUCAUGGAGACGGUCCUGUCGAAGGUGUACGAGAAGAUCGACUUGACGCUGCUCAAUCGGUUGCUACGUCUUAUCUUGGAUCACAACUUGGCGGACUACAUCACGGCGAAGAACAACACCGUCUUGACGUACAAAGAUAUGGCGCAUACGAACGCCUAUGGUCUGAUCCGUGGCCUCCAGUUCUCUGCCUUCGUCUUCCAGUACUACGGUCUGGUUCUCGACCUGCUCAUCCUCGGUCUCCAGCGCGCGAGUGAGAUGGCUGGGCCGCCGCAGAUGCCUAACAACUUCUUGCAAUACCGUGAUUCUGCAACCGAGACGCGCCACCCUAUCCGUCUGUACUCGCGUUACGUCGACCGCAUCCACAUCCUCUUCCGCUUCACUGCGGAGGAGUCCCGAGACCUGAUCCAGCGAUACCUCAGUGCUAACCCUGACCCAACGAACAACAACGUCAUCGGGUACAACAACAAGAGGUGUUGGCCUCGGGACUGUCGUAUGCGUCUCAUCAAGCACGACGUCAACCUUGGCAGAGCCGUGUUCUGGAACGUCAAGCAGAGUUUGCCUCGGUCCCUCACUACGAUCGAGUGGGAAGACACAUUCGUCAGCGUGUACUCGAAGAACAACCCGCAGCUCCUCUUCUCCAUGUGUGGGUUCGAAGUUCGCAUCCUGCCCAAGAUACGGACGAUGGGUGGUGAACAGUUCUCGCUGAAGGAUGCCGUUUGGAACCUCACCAACGAGCAGACGAAGGAGCGCACUGCUCAGGCCUUCUUGCGCGUGUCUGAUGACGGUGUCCAGCAAUUCAACAACCGAAUUCGUCAGGUCCUGAUGAGCUCGGGAUCGACGACAUUCUCCAAGAUCGUCAACAAGUGGAACACCGCGCUCAUCGGUUUGAUGACAUACUACCGUGAAGCUGUCAUCCAUACAAACGAGUUGCUAGACGCUCUCGUCAAGGCCGAGAACAAGAUUCAAACGCGUGUCAAGAUUGGCUUGAACUCCAAGAUGCCGUCGCGUUUCCCGCCGGUCGUCUUCUACACACCGAAGGAAUUGGGUGGUCUCGGCAUGCUGUCGAUGGGCCACGUUCUCAUUCCCCAGAGCGAUCUCCGGUGGUCGAAGCAAACAGACGUUGGGGUCACUCACUUCCGUGCCGGUAUGUCCCACGAGGAGGACCAGCUGAUUCCGAACCUCUACCGGUACCUCCAGCCUUGGGAGGCGGAGUUCCUGGAUUCGGCUCGCGUAUGGUCGGAGUACUCGAUGAAGCGGAAAGAGGCGAACGCUCAGAACCGCCGUCUCACCCUCGAGGAUCUUGAGGACAGCUGGGAUCGCGGUAUCCCGCGUAUCAACACACUGUUCCAGAAGGACAGGCAUACGCUCGCCUACGACCGCGGUUGGCGUGUACGCACCGACUGGAAGCAGUAUCAGCUGCUCAAGCACAACCCUUUCUGGUGGACGUCUCAGCGCCACGAUGGCAAGCUGUGGCAGCUCAACAACUACCGUGUGGACGUCAUCGCCGCCUUGGGAGGUGUUGAAGGUAUUCUCGAGCACACGCUCUUCAAGGGUACCUACUUCCCGACGUGGGAGGGUCUGUUCUGGGAGAAAGCGUCCGGAUUUGAAGAGUCGAUGCGUUACAAGAAGCUCACGAACGCGCAGCGAUCAGGUCUUAACCAGAUUCCCAACCGUCGGUUCACUCUCUGGUGGAGUCCUACCAUCAACCGUGCCAACGUCUACGUCGGCUUCCAGGUUCAGCUCGACCUGACUGGCAUCUUCAUGCACGGCAAGAUCCCCACGCUCAAGAUCAGCUUGAUCCAAAUCUUCCGUGCCCAUCUUUGGCAGAAGAUCCACGAAAGUGUCGUCAUGGACUUGUGCCAGGUGUUCGACCAGGAGCUCGAGCCGUUGCAGAUCGAGACCGUCCAGAAGGAGACCAUCCACCCACGUAAGAGUUACAAGAUGAACUCGUCUUGCGCCGACAUCCUCCUCUUCUCCGCGUACAAGUGGAACAUCUCCCGACCCUCGCUUGUAACCGACAGCAAAGACGUUCUCGAUGGCACGACCAGCAACAAGUACUGGAUCGAUGUCCAGCUCCGUUGGGGAGACUUCGAUACGCACGACAUCGAACGGUACACACGUGCGAAGUUCCUGGACUACAUCUCGGACUCCAUGAGCAUCUAUCCUUCGCCAACCGGUGUCAUGAUCGGCAUGGACCUCGCCUACAACCUCUGGUCUGCGUACGGUAACUGGUUCCCGGGUAUGAAGCCGCUUAUCCAGCAGGCAAUGGCGAAGAUCAUGAAGGCCAACCCUGCUUGCCACGUCUUGCGCGAGCGUAUCCGCAAGGGUCUGCAGCUUUACUCGUCAGAGCCCACCGAGCCGUACCUCAACAGCCAGAACUACUCCGAGCUCUUCUCAAACCAGAUCAUCUGGUUCGUUGACGAUACGAACGUGUACCGUGUGACAAUCCACAAGACGUUCGAGGGUAACUUGACGACCAAGCCAAUCAACGGCGCCAUCUUCAUCUUCAACCCUCGUUCUGGCCAGCUCUUCCUCAAAAUCAUUCACACGAGUGUCUGGGCAGGUCAGAAGCGUCUCGGCCAGCUGGCGAAGUGGAAGACGGCCGAAGAAGUUGCAGCCCUUGUCCGUUCGUUGCCCGUAGAGGAGCAGCCUAAGCAGGUCAUCGUGACCCGUAAGGGCAUGUUGGAUCCUCUUGAGGUUCAUUUGCUCGACUUCCCGAACAUCGUCAUCAAGGGUUCAGAGCUGCAGCUGCCGUUCCAGGCCUGCAUGAAGAUGGAGAAGUUUGGUGAUCUCAUUCUGCGGGCGACGCAGCCUCAGAUGGUGCUUUUCAACCUAUACGAUGACUGGCUGAAGUCGAUCUCGAGCUAUACGGCUUUCUCCCGCCUCAUCCUUCUACUUCGUGGCCUGCAUGUCAACAACGAGAAGGCGAAGAUCAUUCUUCGACCCGACAAAAACACCAUCACGGAACCGCACUUCGUGUGGCCAUCUCUCGGCGAUGAAGAGUGGAUCAAGGUUGAGGUCGCCCUCAAGGAUCUCAUCCUGGCCGACUUCGGCAAGCGGAACAGCGUGAACAUCGCUUCCCUCACGGCCAGCGAGAUCCGUGACAUUAUUCUGGGUCAGGAGAUCGCUGCACCGUCAGUACAGCGGCAGCAAAUGGCGGAACUCGAGAAGAGCUCCGAGGCACAGAGCCAAGUCACGGCUGUACAAACGCAGACGACCAACAUCCACGGUGAUGCCAUCCAGACCGUGACCACGACGAACUACGAGCAACAGGUGUUCAGUAGCAAAUCCGACUGGCGUGUACGCGCAAUCUCUGCUACGCACCUACCGCUCCGCCUUCAGCACAUCUACGUCUCCAACGACGAUGUCCGUGACGACGCCAGCUCGUACACGUACGUUCUGCCGAAGAACAUCCUUCGCGCCUUUAUCACUGCUUCCGACCUGCGCACUCAGGUUGCCGCCUUCUUGUACGGCGUCUCCCCGCCAGACAACAAGCAAGUCAAGGAGGUCAAAGCCGUGGCAUGGGUCCCGCAGCGCGGAAACAACAACAGUGUUGAGUUGCCGUCGCAGUUACCGAAGGACGACUUCUUGCUCAAGGACCUCGAGCCGCUUGGUUGGAUCAAGACACAGGCUCUCGAGCUGCCGCACCUCUCUCCCACGGACGUCACCACCCAGGCUAAGCUAGUAGCUGAGCAUCCAGAAUGGGGCUCGUCGUCAAUAUGCUUGACGUGCGCGUUCACGCCGGGUUCGGUAUCGCUGUCUGCGCAUUCACUCUCCAUUGCUGGCUUCGAGUGGGGUCGGAAGAACACCGAUACGUCACCCAAUCCACAGGGCUUCAACCCGAACAUGUCUGAACGAGUGCAGCUUUUGCUCUCAGACCGUAUAUUGGGAAUGACGCUCGUGCCUGAAGGUCGCGUGUGGAACUACGGUAUCGGAUUGACGCAGCUCUGGUCGCCGUCGAUGCACUACUCAACGACGCUCGACACGCCACUGCUGUUCUGGGCCGAGGAGCACCGCCCGGCCGCAUUCUUGUCGUUCGCCAACAUGGAGACGGGAGAUGAUAGUGCUGACAUAGAGAAUGCGCUUGCGUGAUCUAGUGGACCCUUCUUGUUGACUCGUCGCUGUAUUCCUACUGUCGCAUUGCUCUGAUUAUGAUUGUAUUGGUACGAAGGAAUAAUGACAGCUGUAAUCUCAAUGAUACUAC